AUGUGCAGAAGAAUCCAGUACCUUUUUAUUGAUUGCCGUGAUGAAAACCGUCCGUGUGAUGGCUUUAUCGACCCUGUCACUGUCGAGGUCUGCGAAGCAGCCGCUGCUCGAGGGGGCCCCCCUUGGGAGACGGGCUAUAGCAAUCUCGGCCUUCUCAGCACCUGCAUCCCCACCACAGAGUUCCGCUAUAUUCACGGCAUGUGCGCCAGGCACGAGGCUCGGCUGGCCGAGGAGGAAGAAAUUCCUGGAGCCUAUGACCCGGCGGCACCAGAGCACAAUCAGUUCGAGGGUGCUAACCAGACGCAGGACGACUUUGUCUACAAUGUCCCACAAACUCCUUGGUCGAACCCGAGAUUUCGAGAGAUUGACUGGAAUCCGGCCCCCCGCCCAGUUCCGCUUGAACCUCCUCCGCUCAGUCCUAGAGACACAACGGAGUAUACUCAUCCUCGAGUCGGACUUCUGAAUACCGAGUUAGAUCCAGUACACUGGGUGUCUACCGAUGGCCGCCCCGUGCGUCCUCUGCAAACCCCGGAUGAUCCCCCGGUCGACCAGCUCCAGCUCCCUCGCCUACCCAGACCUCAGCCACCCAGACCUCAGCCAUCCAUACCAGAUGACUUUGACGAACAACUGGACGAUUUGAUCUCUGAGUUCAACAUCAGAUACCCUUCUGUGGAGCCGGGUAUGUUGGACCCUUCAGUAGAAGUUGGAGAACCAAGCAAUGAAUCCGACAAUUUACAAGGCGCAUAUCCAGGAUGGCAACCGCCACCAGCAUCACCACCAGCAUGGGAGCCAGCGUCGCCUACAGGAUGGGAGCACGAGUCGCUGACAGGAAAUAGCGUCACGAGCUCAGGCAAGCGAGCCAGAAGCACGUCUGUUUCGAGCUCGUCUGUUUCGAGCCCAGUGAACAAACGACAGAAGAUCAUGCUGAGAUUCCCCAAAGCUACAAAUACAGAAUCUGACGCUGGCACGCAGCCGCCGUUGAAACUUCGUCUCAGAACGCUAGCCACCGCCGCGAGGCUCAGACUGACUCUAAACCCCCCACAGGUUCGCAAGACUGGGAUCAAGUUGAGAUUCAAAUUACCAGCAAACCAGCCCAAUCGCGCUCACGGUAGGUCUAACACCAACACUGGCAGUAGAGCGACCGGCAGCAGACGUGGAAAUGUGCAAGAGUCCAAUUCCAGGCGUCGCACUGGUAGACAGACAAGCCCGACACUUCAAGCCCGACAGCAGCCAGCACUUUCAAUGCAAGGGCCAAUGACGCGCAGCCGCUUGAGGCAACUGCAGGCCGAAGCCACCGAGACUGGACCUAUGACACGCAGCCGCCUACGACGUCUCGAAGCCGAAGCCACCCGGCCGGGAAAUAGAGCCAAGACGGAGCAACUCCAGAGUUUCCUGCGCCAUGCGAAAGGAGUCUCGCGCUGA